GCAGCGGCUGAACUUUCUGAUGGGACUUCCGCUUCCGGCAGCAGAACCACACUUCCGGUUUUCAGUUACUAUAGGAACCGCUCGGCGUUUGAAAGUGCGGCGGUGCGCCGGUUCCGUAGGGUUUACUCCUCCUGGAUACGUGCGUGGUCUGGAGACCAGGAGAGAAGAAGCAAAAGAGCUCUUCUGCCCGGCACGAUGUCGACCGUGGUAGCGCAGUCGGUGCAUGUUUUUGGCCUUCGAUCUCAGGUGGCCAACAGUAUCCUAUUCUUCGAUGAACACAUCAUUAUAUUUCCUUCAGGAAAUCACUGUGUGAAGUAUAAUGUGGAUCGGAAAUGGCAAAAAUUCAUUCCAGGCUCAGAAAAGAGUCAGGGCAUGCUGGCCUUGUCCAUCAGUCCCAAUCGGCGAUACCUCGCUAUUUCUGAGACCGUGCAAGAAAAACCCGUCAUCACCAUUUACGAACUGUCAUCCAUUCCUUGCCGGAAGCACAAAAUCCUUAAUAAUUUUGAUUUCCCAGUUCAGAGAUUUAUUAGCAUGGCUUUCUCUCCAGACUCCAAAUAUCUGUUGACUCAGACAUCACCUCCAGAGUCAAAUCUUGUCUAUUGGCUGUGGGAAAAGCAGAAAGUAAUGGCCAUCUUUAGAACCGACACUCAGAACAAUGCAGUCUACCAGGUGAGCUUCAAUCCCCAGGAUAACACUCAAGUUUGUGUCACUGGAAAUGGGAUAUUUAAGCUGCUCCGUUUUGCCGAAGGAACCCUGAAGCAAACCAAUUUUCAGAGAGGAGAACCCCAGAACUAUCUGGCCCAUACCUGGGUGUCUGAUGACAGGAUUGUUGUUGGCACUGAUACAGGCAAGCUCUUCCUCUUUGAAUCUGGAGAUCAGCGCUGGGAGACAAGCAUAAUGGUCAGGGAGCCCACCAGGGAGACAAAGAACCUGGAGGAGAUCCAGGCAUCAGAGAGCCUGAUUGAAUUUCCGACCAUCAGUUCCCCGAUCCCUUCCUAUGAACAGGUCACCGUGGGCGGUAGCCACAGCCAGCUGAUGAUGCCCCGGGUGUUUGCCAUUGCAGCCUAUUCAAAGGGAUUCAUCUGUUCUGCUGGGCCAGGGAGAGUCCUACUGUUUGAGAAGAUGGAAGGGAAGGAUUUUUACCGUGAGAGCAGGGAAAUCAGGAUUCCUGUGGAUCUACAGAGCAAUGAGCCAAGUCAGUCUGAUAAACAGGAUGUCCUCUGCAUGUGCUUCAGCCCCUCAGAGGAGACCCUGAUUGCCUGCACCAGCAAAAACCAGCUCUACAGCAUCACCAUGUCCCUGACGGAGAUCAGCAAGGGGGAACCUGCUCACUUUGAGUAUCUGAUGUACCCAGUGCACUCAGCAUCCAUCACUGGCCUGGCUACUUGCAUCCGCAAACCCCUCAUUGCCACCUGCUCUCUGGAUCGAUCCAUUCGCAUCUGGAAUUAUGAAUCAAACACUCUAGAACUAUAUAAGGAAUACCAAGAAGAAGCAUAUGCAAUCAGCCUUCACCCAUCUGGACACUUCAUUGUGGUAGGGUUUGCUGACAAACUACACCUUAUGAAUCUACUCAUUGAUGAUAUACGUUCUUUCAAAGAAUAUUCUGUCAGAGGAUGCAGAGAGUGUUCCUUUAGCAAUGGAGGCCACUUAUUUGCUGCCGUCAGUGGAAAUGUGAUUCACAUUUUUACCACCACAAGCCUGGAGAACAUCUCAAACCUGAAAGGACACACAGGGAAGGUUCGUUCCAUUGUGUGGAAUACAGACGACAGCAAACUGGUUUCUUGUGGCACAGAUGGUGCUGUAUAUGAAUGGAAUCUGUCCUCAGGAAAGAGAGAGACAGAAUGUGUGCUCAAGUCCUGCAGCUACAACUGCGUUACUAUCUCCCCUGAUGCCAAAAUUAUCUUUGCUGUUGGAUCAGACCAGACCCUCAAGGAGAUUGCAGAUUCUUCGGUCCUGCGAGAGACAUCAGCAUUUGACGUCAUCUAUACAGCUGUUGUCAUCUCACAUUCUGGGCGCAUGAUGUUUCUGGGCACCUCGGUGGGAAGCAUUCGUGCUGUGAAGUACCCUCUGCCUCUGCAGAAGGAAUUCAAUGAGUACCAGGCCCAUGCUGGUCCCGUCACGAAGAUGUCGCUCACCUUUGAUGACCAGGUCCUGCUGACCACUGCAGAGGACGGCUGCCUGUUUACCUGGAAGGUCUUUGAUAAGGAUGGCCGGGGAACCAAGCGAGAGAGGGAGGUGGGCUUUGCUGAAGAGGUGCUUGUUACCAAAACAGACAUGGAAGAGAAGGCUCAGAUUAUGUUGGAGCUGAAGACCCGUGUGGAAGAAUUAAAAAUGGAGAAUGAGUAUCAACUUCGACUAAAGGAUAUGAACUAUUCUGAGAAGAUUAAAGAGCUAACAGAUAAAUUCAUCCAGGAAAUGGAGUCCUUAAAAACAAAAAACCAGGUUUUAAAAACAGAAAAAGAAAAGCAAGAUAUACUGCAUCGUGAACACAUUGAAGACCUGCUGGACAAACAAAGCCAGGAACUGCAGGACCUGGAAAGUUGCAACAACCAAAAGUUGCUUCUAGAAUAUGAGAAGUAUCAGGAAUUGCAGCUCAAGUCCCAGAGGAUGCAGGAGGAGUAUGAAAAACAACUGCGGGAUAAUGAUGAAACCAAAAGCCAGGCCCUAGAGGAGCUGACCGAGUUUUAUGAGGCCAAAUUGCAGGAGAAAACCACCUUCCUGGAAGAGGCCCAGGAAGAUGUCAGGCAGCAGCUGCGGGAGUUUGAAGAGACCAAGAAACAGAUUGAAGAAGAUGAAGACAGGGAAAUCCAAGAUAUCAAAACUAAGUAUGAGAAAAAGCUUCAGGAUGAAAAGGAAUCAAACCUGAGGCUUAAAGGAGAAACGGGCAUCAUGAGGAAGAAGUUCAGCAGCCUGCAGAAGGAGAUUGAAGAGCGAGCCAAUGAUGUUGAAACCCUGAAGAGCGAGCAGGUGAAGCUGCAAGGAGUCAUUAAGUCCCUGGAGAAGAACAUCAUGGGCCUCAAGCGGGAGAUUCAGGAAAGAGAUGAGACGAUUCAAGACAAGGAGAAGAGAAUCUAUGAUCUGAAAAAGAAAAACCAAGAACUAGAGAAAUUUAAGUUUGUGCUCGACUACAAAAUAAAGGAGCUGAAGAAGCAAAUAGAACCUCGCGAGAAUGAGAUCAAGGUGAUGAAGGAACAGAUUCAGGAGAUGGAAGCAGAACUGGAGCGUUUCCAUAAGCAGAACACUCAGCUGGAGCUGAACAUCACAGAACUGUGGCAGAAAUUAAGAGCCACUGACCAGGAGAUGCGCAGAGAAAGACAGAAGGAGCGGGACUUGGAGGCACUGGUCAAACGGUUUAAAACAGACCUCCACAACUGCGUGGCGUAUAUCCAGGACCCCCGGCUGCUGAAGGAGAAGGUCCGAGGCCUCUUUGAGAAGUAUGUGCAGCAGGCAGAAAUGGUGGAGAUCGCAGAGCUGAACACAGACCUGCAGCAGGAGUACGCCCGCCAGCGGGAGCACCUGGAGAGGAACCUAGCCACUCUCAAGAAGAAGGUGGUCAAGGAGAGUGAGCUGCAUCGUGCCAAUUAUGUCCGCAUCAUGCAGGUUGCUCCUAGAGCUCUCCAGAGAGCCUGACCCCACUACUGCUGCGUCCACUUCAGCACACAAUCAGGACUGCCAGUAGGGAUUCUUCUGCCAGAUUUGUUUGUGUAUCAGCAGCAUCUGAGGCAAUUAAUGUGAAUUAAUAUCAAAAGAGAACAUCAGAAUCACAUUUAUAAGGCACAUACCUUUUUGUUUGUAUUUCUUUAAUGCCAUGAUUAAAAUACUGGAAUGGGGUUGGGCUGCAGUUGGAUUGGAACAAACCAGUUCCCAGCUUGGCCAGUUCAUACCUAGCUAGGCAGAGUGCACUGAGAGUCAGGCCAGACCCAGGCAUGGUGGAUCUCGUGCCAUCUUACAGCCCCCCUGCCUACAAGCAGCCCACGCCAUCAAACCACUGCCCUGUUCCUGGGCCAUGAAAGCAGCCAGAGGGCCAGAGGUAGGACUUGAUCCAAUUGGUGGCAUCCUUUAGCACCAGCAGCUACCACACAGAGCCAUUGCUAAGCGUCUCAAGUGCCCCCAGGGUAUGGAGAGCCCACCAGGGCUCUGGAGUGCCAUGUGCUGGGCAGUGACCCCAGGGCCCCUGCAGGAGAAGUUGUCAGCUGGUGGCUGUGCUGAGCAUGCAUGUGUGCUCUGCCAUCAGAACACAGGCCAGAGGCUACUCCAAGGGCUGGGUCCCUCCCUCCAUGCCAGGCAGACACUCAAAGCAAAUGUCAGUCCAAGAAGAAAGAAAAGGAGAGAAAGUGAAGACCACAGGCUAGGGAGAGGGUGCAAGCAUCAGCAUGAGGCCCCUCAAGCAGGAUUGAGGUCUCUUCUGCUCCCCAACACCCCAGAGGCCACAUACCCACUCCUGCUGGGCCAGGGUGAGUCAGGGUGGAGGGAACAGAGGAGACCCAGGCAGGCUCCUUCCCUAGUCCCCCCACACCCUGAUGGCUGGCAGAGGGAAAUCCCCAGGAGAGUGCUUUCUCCAGAAGCACUGUAAACCCCUGCACUGUGAAUAAAUCCCCUUAUAGGUUUCUAGAAGCGCCCCCAGACAACUGCAGGGAGCAAGGGCUGGGGGGGCCUGGAGACACGGCUCUGGGUCCCCACCCCUCAAGCAGGGAGAUUCCUUGC